ACGGCCGGCGGGGCUCUGGAGGGGGAGGGGGUCGGCUGUUUUUCUGGAGACAAAGCGGCCCGGGCGGGCAGGCGCCAUGGAGCUGCCGUCCCAGGUCCUGCUGUGGGGACUGAUGGUUCUUCAGGGUUCCUGGGCACUUCUAUCCUCAGGGCCCUCAGGGUCGGGGCAGGCAGGCAGCUCCGUGGUGUCCGAGUCGGUGGUGAGCUGGACGGCGGGCGCUCGUGCUGUGCUGCGCUGCCAGAGCCCGCGCAUGGUGUGGACCCAGGACCGACUGCACGACCGCCAGCGCGUGCUCCACUGGGACGUGGCCGGCGGUGCGGGCGGCCCGGCGCGCCGGCUCGUGGACAUGUACUCGGCGGGCGAGCAGCGGGUGUACGAGUCGCGCGACCGGGGUCGCCUGCUGCUGUCCCCCUCGGCCUUCCACGAUGGCAACUUCUCGCUGCUCAUCCGCGCUGUGGAGGACACCGACGCGGGGCUGUACACCUGUAACCUGCACCACCAUUACUGCCACCUCUACGAGAGCCAGGCCGUGAGCCUCGAGGUCGUCGACCCCCCCCUGGCCCCGCGCUCCCACUGGGACGGCGAGAAGGAGGUGCUGGCGGUGGCACGCGGCGCUUCCGCCUUGCUGACCUGCGAAAACCGCGCGCACGUGUGGACCGAGCGGCACGUGGAGGAGGCGCAGCAGGUGGCGCACUGGGACCGGCAGCCGCCGGGGGUGCCGCACGACCGCGCCGACCGGCUGCUCGACCUGUACGCGUCUGGGGAGCGCCGCGCCUACGGGCCGCCUUCCCUGCACGAGCGCGUGGCCGUGGCGGACGACGCCUUCGCGCGCGGCGACUUCUCGCUGCGCAUCGACCCGCUGGAGCCGGCCGACGAGGGCACCUACUCCUGUCACCUUCACCACCACUACUGCGGUCUGCACGAGCGCCGCAUCUUCCACCUGCGCGUCAGCGAGCCCUCGGCCGCGCCGCCCGCGCGGGCGUCACCCGGCAACGGCUCAGGCCACGGCGCCGGCCCGGGCCCAGACCCCACGCUGGCGCGCGGCCGCAGCGUCAUCAACGUCAUCGUCCCCGAGGGCCGCACCCAUUUCUUCCAGCAGCUGGGCUACGUGCUGGCCACCCUGCUGCUCUUCAUUCUGCUGCUGGUUACCGCCCUCCUGGCCGCCCAGCGCCGCCGCGGAGGCGACCAGGACAUGGACAAGAAGUCGGGAAAGUGGAAGGGGAAGCAGGUGAACCUGGUGGAGUUGGCCAUGGCCACAGACCGGGGCCUUCCCAGGACUGAGGACGUCAACCUAGAUUACAAAAACAACAUCCUGAAGGAGAGGGCUGAGCUGGCUCACAGUCCCCUGCCCCCAAAGAACAUUGACUUGGACAAAGGGUUCAGGAAGGAGUGCGGCAAAUAGGAGACCUGGUGCUGGCCGGGCCAGCAGCUCUGCCCACUCUGCCCGCCUACCC